UUUCGGGGAGGACCGGGCGGGCUCGGCGGCGCUUCCGGGCGGUGAGGAGGGCCCCGGUGGCGGCCGUGCCAUGGCGGGCCCGCGGCUGGAGCCCGAGCUGGCCAGGCAGCUCUUCUUCGAGGGCGCCGCGGUCGUGGUGCUGGGUGUGCCCGAGGGCACCGAGUUCGGCAUCGACUACAGCAGCUGGGCCGUGGGGCCCAGGUUCCGCGGCGUCAAGAUGAUCCCGCCGGGCGUCCACUUCGUGCACUGCAGCGCGGGGCGGGCGGGCGGCGGCCGCCGGGAGACGGGCCCGCGCACCGGGCAGUUCCUCAGCCUGCGGCGGCGGGAGGUGCGGCUGCUGCGCUGGGACGCCGCCAGCGAGGCGCUGGGGCUGGCGCCGCCGGCCCCGGGGCGGGCCGAGGCCUUGCGAGAGAACCUGCAGGACAUGGACCGGUUCCUCGGGCCCUACCCCUACGAGACCCUGAAGAAGUGGGUCUCCCUCACCAGCUUCCUCAGCGAAGCGCUGGUGAAGCAGCUGCAGCCGGAGAGCGGGCAGAUCUGCGCCUUCUCGGAGGUGCUGCCGGUCGUGGCGGGGCGGCUCAGCAGCGACCGGGCGGAGCAGCGCGGCGCGGCCCUGGGCGCCGAGUGCCGGAGCUACGCGGAGGGGCUGGCGCGGCUGCCCCGCAUGGAGCCGAGGGCCGGCACCGAGAUCAGGUUCACGGAGCUGCCGACGCAGAUGUUCCCCGAUGGUGCUACCCCGGAGGAGAUAACCAGGCACAGCAUGGACCUCAGCUACGCUCUGGAGAGGGUGAUUCAGCAGCGAUAUGCCAGCCAGCCUCUGGAUCUGCUCGCUGAGUUGCAGUUUGCUUUCAUCUGCUUCCUGAUUGGGAACGUGUAUGAUGCAUUUGAACACUGGAAAAGACUCUUAAACAUCCUGUGCCGAUCUGAAGAUGCCAUAGGAAAGUACCAAGACCUUUACAUCAAUCUCAUUUCUGUGCUGUAUCACCAGCUCGGUGAAAUCCCAGCUGAUUUUUUUGUGGACAUUAUUUCCCAGGAUAACUUUCUAACCAGCACCUUACAGGUGUUUUUUUCCUACACAUGCAGCGCUGCUGUUGACGGGGCCCUAAGGAAGAAGGCUGAAAAAUUCAAGGCUCACCUAACGAAGAAAUUUAAAUGGGACUUUGAGGCAGAGCCUGAUGACUGCGCUCCUGUAGUGGUGGAACUUCCUGAGGGCAUGCAGGUGGACUAAACAAAACAAAGUAACAGCUUUUUAAAAUAACUCUCCACAUCAUCCCUAACCUUGCCAGCUUCCUAGAGUCUGUUUCUGAAGCUGACUCCUCUUGCUGCUGUAGAAGCAGAUGUGGAAAACUGAGGAGGAUUCCUAGCUUUUCGAGGGAACCAGAAUUACUGGAGGAGUUUGAGCAUUGUCACACGCCUGUUUUGGACACCUUGUUUUUUGCCCCGGCUGUUCUGCAGGUUCUCCUCAUUCUGUACUCAGCUGACCUCUAGAUCCCUGAUCCCUUCCGUCCUCCUGGGCUGGAAGUGACACCCUGUUUGGAGAGUGUCUGUGGCUUUACACUUGAAGCCUUUGCUGCUCCCGUUUGAUACCCCGUGAGCAAGGAAUGUGAGCCCAUGUGACUGGGCAUUGCACCUUCGACAGCCUUGACCCCAGGCUGUGAGCUGAGCCUUUCUGCUCUUCCAAGGCUUGCGUAAUGCAAGGGGUGUAACCACAACUCUUUCAAAACUGUAUUGGAUAUUUAUGCUGCUUACUGUGAUUUGUUGCAGUGAUCUGUUGUGGAGGAGGACUCAAAGCCACAGCAAAAUUCCUCCCAUUUCAUACCCCUAAUACUGAGGUAUCUUAUUCCUCCCAUUCUGUUAAAGCCUUUUGUAUUUACUGCUGACACUGUUUAGCCUGAUGUAAAAGGAAGUUUUACAGCUUGGUAACAAGAAAUAGAGUUAUCGGACAGUGGUCACCCAAGUCUUGAAAAAGAUGCUGUCUUGUUAGAGAUAGAAGAUCAGACUUCACAUGAACUGGAUCAUCUGCUUUGUUAUAAUUUGAAAUCUUAUGUAUUUUCAGUUCUUUCUCUCCAUUUCCCGCAGGUCGGCUGUAAGAAAACUUGUGGUGCUUGUUCAGAGCUUUUACAGGGACUUGGUCUGACCACUCGCUACUGUUCGACUGCUUCAGGAAUUUGUCUGUAUACAUGUCCAACAAGUUAACACUGUUUGUUAGACUUGUAUAGUUCAAAAUAAAUCUCAAGAGAGCCUUUCCAACAGAAAACAUCUGUAUGAAUAGUUUUUUUAGUUAUUUAGCCAAAGCUGAUAGCACAGUGACACUGGCCUCUCUUUCUCAUCGGGAUGUCCAGUAUCCCCAGAAGUAACAUCACAAGGUUAUCUGUGACAUCCAAGGACAACUCACAGUAAAAUGAUACAUGGCAUGGCACAAAGUGCAGCGUGUUCUGGGAAGGAGGUACGUGCCGAGGUGUUUCCAGAUAAUCACAACUUGCCAUGGGAACUGACUGUCAGAAGCCCUUGUCUGCAGCUCGGAGCUGUUUCUCCCCGUUCCUCAAGGGCUCUGCACUCCGUUGCUCUGGUGUCGCGGUUUGUCCAUUUUGAAUACACUGUAUUGACUACAGGCCCUUUUGGGAGGUUACUCCAAUGUGGCAAGUGUUUUGUUCUGUGCUUUCUUGUCCUUAACACCCGCGAGAUGUUUUGUACUGUACUUUGACUGCUCUUCUCUUGUCCUCUUGCUCUUUGUUUGCACCCCCAGGCAGUGCUGUCUUUGCAGUUGCCGAUUGCACACGUCACUUCUAAUGAAUGGUCCCAGCUUUGAUGAAAGACGCCUUUUCAGUCUGUUGGCUCUUUACGCCAACCUGAUGACUGGUUCUGUUGCUUUGGAGCAGAACACCAGCCACCGAUUUAAGCAGCGAAGGUAGCACGGAGCCUGGGGAGCCGCGUGUCUGGAAGAGGGACGAGCGCUGUGCGGCUGCAGAGCAGGCUGGCCUGGCAGAGUUGGUGCCGUGCGGGCUGGCCUGGCAAUGCUCCCACUUGUUUGAUGAAUAGGUUCACUUGAAUGUCUCUUUGUUAAAUUCAAAAACAAUAAGUGAAAAUUAACUUCUGAAGUGCAUAAGAGUCAGGUUCCCAUGAUGGGUUACACUUUUAGCAACUGAGAAAAGAGAAUAGAAUUGUACUUUGAUUGUGGUUUUUUUCUUUUUGUGAGGUUAUAACAGAGAGAGAGAAUCUCUCUUAUCAGACCCACAAAAUGGGUGGGAAAGAAAAAGGCCUUUGGGAACACGGUGCCUUUGUUAGAUGUGAAACAAAAGCAGCGAACUUUUAGCUAAAUACAGGUUGAUGUGUGCAGAAUUCAACUCCGUUAUGUGAAUCAAUUGCGCACUUUGGGGGAAAAGGGAGCCUGUCACAUAUGAAGCAAUAUAUGUCGGAUGUUUGCAAGAGAGGGCUUAUAAAUUUGGGAGGGAGAAGAGUGCUGUUAUUGCCACUGGAGUCAUCAGGAAGGAGGGUGUGAAAGGAAAGCAGUAACGUGUAACGGAAGGAGUAUUUUCUUGUCCUUAUAUAGCCUUAGGCCAGCUAUGGCUGUGAUGACACUACCCUUACUUCCAGCUAAGAUGAAUACAAUGAUCUGAAAGCAAAAGAGAGAUUGCGUGUGUGUAAAUACGCAUUGCUGCAAGCUAAUGAAGUGUAAUAUGUGAUGUGUUUGCAACACUGAUUCAGCAGUGAAUUCAGGUCAGGACAAGCAGCUUUUGCUGCGUUGUGAAGUGGCGCUGAAGCAUGAGAUACAUUGGCCUCCUGCUUAUGUGGAGAGUUGUCCAGAUGCCAGAGUUGUGCAAGUGAGGCAAAUUGGCAUCAUUCCUGUGCUGCGAAAUGCUCUCGCUGCUUUCACUGCACAUUGUGUUGGAGCGUGGGCCCUGCCCAGCGCCGGUGAGGUGAUCGCUUGGGGAUCAGCAGUGGCGUGAGCCGACCACUGGAUACACCUGGAGAUGCACAGCACACUGUUUGUUCGUUGCAAAGCCCAGUGUCAGUGUAUUCAAACAUGAGAGCUGCUAUUUCUUUUGUUGUUUUUUUCACUUUCCUAUAGGCUCCGUAAUGUUAGCCAAGCCAGAGUUUGGAGACUGUGGUAUUUAUCCUGUAUGUGGCCUCUGUGUUGUCCAGCACCACACCAAAGACUUGCUUUUUGUUUCAUCAACCCUGCAAAUUUAAAGAUGUGGAAUGUGCUGCCUGAGGCUGUAGAAAGCUGCCUUCUUAUCCCAGUGUUGUAGUACAUCCUUUUUUUUGUCGGGGAGAGAAAUGGCACGUCUUGAUCUGCCGGUUCAUGCAGCUUCCUUUGCGAUUCCCAUGACCUCCUCCCCAGCUGCCAAAAAGGUGGACAACUUCUGUCUUUUCUCAGGUCAAUUGCUGCUGAUGACUUCACGUCACUGAACAGCCAAAGUGUAGUUCAGCGGCUCAGGUUGGCUUUAUGUGCCAGCUCUCUCAGCAAUGCUUUAGCUCCUGUGACAGCAGUGCUUGCAGAGAUUGAACAGCACCAACCUUGUACACUGUUAGAUGCCACCCAGACAUGUAGAGAUGUUCUUGCCCUCUAAAUGCAAACUAAAGACAGAUGGGAGCAGGUGGGGAAGCCGUAGAAAGUGAUCAGUGACUCUGUGUAGCUUGUUAGUGUUGUGAUUUUAAAUCUGAAGUGAACUGAGGGUUACUUAUUAUUUGAACCACCUUGGUGCUUUCACUUUUACUGCUUAACGGUAAGUUUAAUUUUUGAUUAUUUGCUCAUUAUUUUCUUAUGGUAACCCUAGCCUUUCUGUGUGCAUCUUGUUUCAGUUCAAGUCUUUUCCUGUUUUUAUUAGGCUUUUUGGUGUUGUUUUUUUUUUAGUAUUGUACUGUUGCAGAAUAAGUUUAAUCAAACUGACUUUAAAUUGUAUUCUAUUCUGUUAGCUGUAUUGUUCUGUUCGAACAGGUGAGUGGCCAGGCCUGCUGGCAUUCCAGGCUGUGUGUCAUGAACUUAUCUUAACCUGGUUGCUUGGUGACGUGGCGAGUGGGGCUUGAAGACCAGUGCCAGGAGACAGAAUGGCAACUGCGUCAGCAGCGUCUGCCAACCAUCAAGAUAAGGACAGCAAAAGAGCUGCCUGGAGGAUGGAGAGAGUCCAGUAAGACACAAGGAAGCCCCAGAGUUACCACUGGGCCAAAAGGCGCAUGGAUUACACUUGAAGAGUGAGUGCAGAGACUGAGGGUUUUAAAGCUCAAACCUGUUUUGCCUUGGGGUCCCUCCCCUUGAGAAGUGCCCAGUCCAGACUGUUUCUUUGCUGUAUCUUUCACUUUGUUUUUUAUUUUAUCUUUUGAUUAAAUUAUUUGUUUAAGCACA